CACGCCUCCAGUUGUCAUGAACGGCGAGGAGAUGGUCAUGACUGACCCGCAACCUGCGGCCCCGCCAUCGGACUCGAUACGAAUAACGAGGCAGGGCAAAAUCAGAUGCUGGGUCAAGCACGGAUUGGACUUUUUCCAGGAAAAUCCUGACAAACCAUUGACGCUGCACACUUCCCCGGCCGAUGUUGCACAAUCUACCAUCCCUCGGUUGAUUUCAGUUGUGGAGAUCCUGAAGCGUGAAUAUUUGAAAACCUUGGAUGUGUCGGCAGGACAGUUGACAGGGCUGCAUCAGUACAAUGUACUACAAUGGGAGCAACGUGGCGAGAUCGCUGCAGAAGGGGAAGAUCGAGCAAGUACCAUAGCAAGAGCUUUAGAAGGUAAAAAACACCCUAAGCUCACGCUUGCGCCCUAUAUGAAAGUCACGCUGUGCAGGAAGGCUCUUGCAGGAAUGCAUGACAUGACAUACCAGACACCACAAAUACGACGACUGUCCAAGACUACAAAGGCGAGGGUAAAGAAAAAAGCAAAGCAGCAUAUACCUUAGUUAUUAUUAUUAUUUUCCUAUAAAUCUGUGUUCAAAUAUCAUUAUCAGAAGUAAAAUUCCCAGGGGGUUUCCGAUUC